AUGAAGUUCAGUGCUGUGAUCCUCCUUGCGGUGUUCUGCCUCUGUCGGGGUGCUAGUUUACCCCAGGGGCGCGUUGUUGGAGGUCAACCUGCAGCCGUUGGGCAGUUCCCCCAUAUGGCUUCCCUUCAGAUUGCAGCUAAUGGCAAUCACUUCUGCGGUGGCAGCAUCAUUUCCACUCGAUGGGUUCUUUCGGCUGCUCACUGCACUAUUGGACGUCAACCAGCAGAUGUCCACGUUGUCGUGGGUACAAUUAAUCGCCUCCAGGGAACUCUCCAUCAAGCUUCUCAGGUCAUCAACCACGAAGCCUACAACGCUAAUCUCCUCACCAAUGAUGUGUCUGUUGUUGAAGUUCAAACACCUUUCAUCUUCAACGACAAUGUCCGUGCUAUCGGUGUUGGAUCUGUCUAUGUUGGUGGAGGUGUUACAGCCACAGUAUCUGGAUGGGGAUUAACUGCCCAAGGAAAUGAAGCAGCUCCGGUCUUCCUUCAGUGGCUUCAAGUGUACACAUUGACCCAUGAGGAGUGUCGCGAGAGAAAGCCACUGCCAGUGAGGCUACUGGUUCACGAGAAUACCAUCUGCACGUUUACAAUGGCCGGUCAGGGGCUCUGCUUCGGUGAUUCCGGUGGACCAUUGAUUGUUGGAAAUGCCGUCGUUGGAAUUCCAAGCUGGGUCUCACCAGGAUGUGCCCAAGGACGUCCCGAUGUCUACGCCAGGGUAUUCAGUCACAGGGAAUGGAUCUACGCUAAUACGGAUUUAUUCAAGAUGAACAAGCUGAGUUUGGUUUUCGCUUUCCUUUUCUUGGGCGUCGCCCUCUGCGAAGUCACGGAGUUUGGUUUCAAUCCCGAUGAGGUUGAGCCAGUCUAUGAGAGCCCUGCUGCACCCAGGCCAGAGGGAGUCUACUUUGAUGAUGACGACGUUACGGAUGCUAACCCAGGAUUCCAAGGACGUGUUGUUGGUGGAACAUCCGCCACAUCUGCUGCUCAAUUCCCGUACAUGGCUAGCUUGAGGACUGCUGCUAAUGCUCACUUCUGCGGUGCUACAAUCAUUGCAACCCGCACUGUUCUCUCAGCUGCUCACUGUACCGUUGGCCGUGGAACUGGUGCCGUUCGUGUGGUUGUUGGAACUCACCUUCGUCUCUCUGGUGGUGUUUCCCAUGCCGUCAACAGGAUUGUCAACCACCCAAGCUACAACGCCAAUACCAUUGCCUUUGAUGUGUCCAUCGUUCAGACUUCUGCCACCUUCACCUUCAACAACAACGUCCAACAGAUUGCCAUGGGAACUGCUCAUGUUGGUGGUGGUGUUACUGCCAUUGUUUCUGGAUGGGGUCAGACUUCUCACCCAGGCAGUGCUCCAAAUAAUCUCCAAUGGGCUGCCCUUACAACCCUCACCAAUGCUGACUGCCGCAACCGUCACACCGCCAACAAUGCCCAGUUCGUCUUUGACCACAAGAUGUGCACAUUCACACGCAACGGACAGGGUAUCUGCAUGGGAGACUCUGGUGGCCCACUCGUUGUUGGAAGCAACGUUGUCGGUAUCCCAUCCUGGGUUAUUGCCUGCGCUCGUGGCUUCCCCGAUGUAUACGAUCGUGUCUCCAGCCACAGGAACUGGGUCAUUUCGGUCAUGUAA